AAAAGACUGGUGAUUUUUCUCUUCCCCUGCAAAACCCCCAGAAAACCCUGCAAUUGGCCCACGCCCCUUCUUCUCCUUUCUCCUUCGCUCACCUUCUCCAUUGUCUUGCUUACCACGAAGAAACCCACUCACCCUCUGAACCAGUCAACCCCCAAAUUCCAAAUCCCAACUCAAAUCCAAGUACGGAGAAAUUGAGCGACUCAUAAAAAAAUGGCUACUUUUCUAUUCAGUUCAAAUCCAUUAUAUACGAGGGUGAGCAUGAUAUUUAGAAUACCCAUCAGCUAACCCACCUGUCACUCCAAUUCUGACUUCCCAUUCCUCCAUUGCCAUGCUAAAUCAUAGCCUAGUUUGGAAGCCAGUCUCUCAACUUGGCUGAGGGUUGCAUCCGAACCAUUCCUCAAAAUGACGUCGUUUCGGCUCUUGUCUCGGGCAUCGCGUAGGCUUCUGAAGCCUCCUUCACUCUCUCGCUCCCAUCUCUCUGCUGCAGUCUCUACCUAUCACCCAACCACCAAACCCAGCCCUAAAGAAACGCCUUUCAUCCCUUUUAAUCUCAGGCACCGUUGGAUUCCCGGUUAUCAUCUUGAUUCUGAUCUCAGGCUCGUAGCGCACAUAUCCACUUCAUCGAACAAGGACGACGACCGGGUCAGCGAUGACCCGAAAGCCCAAGCUUCUUGGAUCGACGCUUAUUUGCCCAGGCAGGCCCGCCCUUAUGCUAAGCUCGCUCGCCUCGACAAGCCCAUUGGCACCUGGUUGCUUGCUUGGCCUUGCAUGUGGUCAAUAACAUUGGCAGCAACCCCAGGACACCUUCCUGAUAUUAAGAUGCUGACACUAUUUGGAUGUGGGGCUUUGCUUUUAAGGGGCGCUGGAUGUACCGUAAAUGAUCUCCUUGAUCGGGAUAUUGACACCAUGGUGGAACGUACAAAGUUGCGGCCAGUUGCGAGUGGUCUUUUGACACCUUUUAAAGGGUUGUGUUUUCUUGGAUUUCAAUUGCUUUUGGGUCUUGGAAUUCUCCUCCAACUGAAUAAUUAUAGCCGUGUUUUGGGGGCUUCGUCUUUGUUGCUAGUUUUCUCCUAUCCUCUCAUGAAAAGGUUGACAUUCUGGCCUCAAGCAUACCUAGGUUUGACCUUUAACUGGGGAGCUUUGUUAGGAUGGGCUGCAAUUAAAGGAAGCAUUGAUCCAGCUAUAGUACUUCCAUUGUACAUUUCUGGAGUAUUUUGGACACUUGUGUAUGAUGCGAUAUAUGCGCAUCAGGAUAAAGAAGAUGAUCUGAAGGUUGGUGCCAAAUCUACCGCUUUGAGGUUUGGUGAUUCAACAAAGGAGUGGAUUACUGGGUUUGGAAUCCUGUGCAUCAGUAGUCUUGCCCUCAGUGGAUAUAAUGCCGAAAUUGGUUUUCCCAUCCUUUCUUUCUUUUUAUAUAUAAUUUAUAGGUAUAUUUUUUAAUUACUGCUAUUGGAACC